GAGCCCGCAUAUUCUAUUUAAGUGAAUUUACCCCGAAUCCAUUGGGUGCGUUGUCCCAAUCGAAUUCCCCUAAGGGGAAACCGGGCAAGUUCCUCAGAUUACUGGCUGUUGCCAUAUCAGGCUAUUUACCCUCCCCAUCCUUCUACCAACAUGCACCCCAGACUAAUCCCGAAUCGCCUCUCUCGGUAUGGUACGAUUCAAAAGUGCUAUGCUUAGACGCGCGGACUCGCUAGCAGCGUCUGCUAACAUGCUGCGCUUUCCCCGCGAUAGCUAUUUAAAGGAAUAUCGGGGAGAGAGGGGCUAUACCGCAAUAUUGGGGUUGUGGUAGUAAUAAGCCAAGUGUCUCUUCUUCCUCGAGGACCGUCCCGUGAGAGCGAGUGUGUGUGCUUACAAUCUAGUUCCUUUCUAUUGCUUCAAGACCGUAUUGUGAUACCUACCGAUCAAGCUCGCUCGACAGGAACCAAUUGAAGAGAUGCGGUGCUCUAUAGUAGCUCUCCCGGUCUUGGCGGCAGCGACAUCUGUCGUUGCCCAAGCUCCAAAGCCCGGCGAAGAUGGAAAAUACACCAUAUCCUCCUCGGGAAUAAGAGCACAGUUCAUCCCGUAUGGAGCUACGCUUACCAACCUCUUUGUGGAGGACAAAAACGGAGAGGAAGUUGAUGUGGUCCUUGGAUACGACGACAUAAACUACUAUCCUAAGGACCCUGGGCAUCCCGUGUACAAUAGUAUCCCCGGUCGUUAUGUCAAUCGUAUCGGCAAGGGUAAGUACACGCUUGAUGGUACGACAUACACCACUGAAUUGAAUGAUGGGAGCAACACGCUCCACAGCGGGACGAACAAUUGGUCGUAUCGCGUGUGGAAUGUGACCGACCACACUGAAGACUCCAUCACAUUCAGUGUCCGCGAUGCGUCGAACUCGUCGCAAGGAAUGCUGGGUUUGGUCGAGGGUCAGGUGACCUACAGCGUGAGCGACAGCACAUGGAACAUCAAGAUGGAGGCGACAUCGCCCGAUGAAAAGACCCCGCUCAUGCUGACGCACCACACCUACUUCAACCUGGACGCAUUCAAGAACCCAGACACGCAGAAGAUCUGGAACCACACGCUAUACUUGCCGUACUCGAAGCGAUACCUAGUCGCAGACGAUGGCGCGCUGCCUACAGGUAAGAUCGGCACAGCAGAGCCCGGUGGCAUUGACGAUUUUUUCAGCGAGCCCGACCUAUUCCUAGGCCAUGCGCGAAGCGAUCCCAAAUUCGCAGGAAACUGUGGCGGCGGCGGUGCCUGCGAAGGCUAUAACGGGUACUUCCUCAUCGAUGACGCCCCCAAAGAUGCCGUUGUGGUCAAGCUAUCCAGUGGAUUCUCCGGCAUCACUGCUGACUUGCGUACUGAUCAGCUCGGCGUCGUCGUCUACUCGUGCAACUGGAUGGAUGGGACAGCCGACCUGAAGAGCACGCAAGGCACAAAGGCUAACCGCAAGGUGGUGAGAAGUUCGUGCGUCGCUAUCGAGGCGCAAGAUUAUGUCGACGGCAUUAACCACCCUGAGUGGGGACGCGUCGAGAAACAGAUUACUGGACCGGGUCAGAAGUACUCGUGGGAAAGCUCUUGGACUUUCGGAACACUUUGAGCCAACCUCGGUGAAGAAUGACCAAGUCCCCUACUUCAAGCCUCCAAGGAAGAGGAAGGGGAAGGAUUCAUUAAUGCGAUACACCAUUUUAGCGAUACCCGCCAAUAAGGGGGCAUUGAUGGGUGUGUCGAGUUGUACAUAGCAAUGUCAUUCGACGAGUACAAAUUUCUUGAAUGCCGUGUCGUCUAGCUCGGCAGUUCAAUUUCUUAGGGGUUACUUCGAUCUUCGUGUGACGCAAUGGCCCAAGGCUGGCUGGAUUUAUAACACUCUUACCUAAGCCUAACAUUUAUAUCCUCCAGGCCCUCAUCCAAUACUUGAUGCACAUUGACAUCAGAAUGAGGCCAUUUAGAAUGUCAUUGUCUUUCCAA